AUGAAGCUUCACACAUUGUGGGUGAUCAAAAAUGUGUGUGUAGUCCAACAAGUGAUCCAAACAAGGCUAGAAGAAGUAACAAUCAAGGAGGAAGCAAAGAAGAGACUAUCAAGGCUGAACAAGUUGUUAAGGCUCGGCGACUACAUUGUCAUGAGCCAAGAGUCUACAAAAGAAGCCUUAACCAUCACACACAAGGCAGCAACCGAGAAUGUUAAAGACAAGACAUGA